UGCUGAGGAGAAGUGGUAGACGACAGGAGUCACUUACUUCUGGUCACCAAACAAUCUCCUGUCUAAGAGCUCGUCUUCAGCCAUGAAGGAGGACAAAGAGAAUGCAAAACCCAAAGACAGGAGAGGGGAGCUGGGCCCCGUGGACGAGGGGGACAGGAUGGAGAAGGUGAAGGAGAAGAAGGAAGUCAUGAGCAAGGUGGUUCUUCGUCGAUUGCCUCCAAGUCUAACCAAAGAGCAGUUGGAAGAGCAUCUCCAGCCAUUACCAGACCACGACUACUUUGAAUUUUUUACCAAUGACUCAAGCUUAUUUCCUCAUAUGUUCUCAAGGGCAUAUAUCAACUUUAAAAGUCAAGAUGACAUAAUGCUAUUUAGAGACCGUUUUGAUGGAUAUGUUUUUAUCGAUCACAGAGGGCAGGAAUAUCCAGCUGUUGUGGAGUUUGCCCCCUUUCAAAAAGUGGCAAAAAAGAAAAGCAAGAAGAAGGAUUCUAAGGCUGGAACAAUUGAUGAUGAUCCUGAAUACAGAAAAUUCCUGGACUCUUACAGUAUGGAUGAUGAGAAACUGACAUCAACACCAGAGACUUUGCUGGAAGAAAUCGAAGCAAAGAACAAAGAAAUGAUAGCUAAGAAGACUACACCGCUGUUGAGCUUCCUAAAAAAUAGACAGAGAGUGCGAGACGAAAAACGUGAAGAAAGGAGAAGAAGAGAACUGGAACGAAAAAGACUACGUGAAGAGGAAAGGAGAAAGUGGAAAGAAGAUGAAAGGAGAAAAAGAAAAGAUGCAGAAAAACAAAAAAAGUUUGAAAGGACACCUGAGAAAGAGACUGAGCGCUCAAAGGAUGAACCAAAAAUAAAGCUGCUUAAGAAACCUGAAAAAGAUGACGAGAGAGAGUCAGAAAAGAAGUUUAAACCCAGAAAAACUGACAAGGAGGGUGUGAGAGAAGAACGUGUCUCUUCCGGCAAAAGAUCAGAUGGAGAAGCUGGAGAGGAGAAAUUAAAAAGGACUGAAGAAGACUAUGUAAAAGAUUACAGAGAAAAAGAUUAUCGAGAGAAAGAUUAUGAAAGAGAGCGGCGACUAAGAGAGAAAGAGAAACUGAGAUACCACGACGAGGAACGUCGGAAGCCACGAGAACGCUAUGAGAAAGAUCGGUGUUUCAGGAGAAGAGAUGAUGAGUACAGGAAGGAGCGAGACAACAUAAGAGACAGAGGGCGGAAGCAGGACCUUAUUGAUUGUCAACAGAACUCUGAGAAAUCCGAGAGGGCAGCACGUGAUGAGAAAAAGGAGGAGGCUGCAAAGAGAGAUCGUAUAAGGAACAAGGAUCGUCCAGCAAUGCAGUUGUAUCAGCCUGGAGCAAGAAGUAGAAGCAGACUAACCCCAUGUGAGGAGAGUCCAGCCAAGACUGAAGAUCAAAUCACAGAGAAAAAACCAGAGGGUGAAACCAAUGAUGCUCAAGAAGAAGAGUAAAGCAAAAGAAGGCUUGGUGUGCCCUGCCCGUCAUGAUAACCAAAGAAAAAAAAAAAAUCGGCAAUCCAGAAGUGCCUUCAAAGAGAAGGAGUCAAGAACAGGCAGGAGAAGUGUCCAUAGGAGAUUGUUGGGGCAUCUGUGGGAUGACAAAGCACGAGUUUGGCUGAAAAUCCAAGUUGGGUUUUUUGUAGUAACAAGGCCAUAUGUAAGACUGUCCAGUCCUUAGUGCAAGUGAAGCGGUGGUGAAAUAGGUGGAAAUUUCCUGUUUACAAUCUGUGUUGUGGCCUUAAAGAAACACAAGUCCUCCAUUCCUGUGUUGGCAAAGGGUUAUGGCAGAACUAUAUUUUUUUCGAUGGAAUUUUCAGCUUGGUGUUAUAUGGGCUGAAUAAGUAGAGCUAUUCCAGUACAAUUUGCAAUGUAGGUGUUAGAAGUUUGUUUUUGUUUUCUUUUGUUUCAUUUAUCAUGCUUCGAUUUAUCUUUUUUUUUUUUUUUUCAAUAUAUUAUCUUUGCUCUAAAAUGCUGAAAGGACUCAAAAUAAAUGUAGUUUUCUUUAUUUCUUGAUUAUUUUCAUACAGAUCUUUAUUACAGUUAGAAACCUGCUUUGACAUAAUCUCAAACUAUCGACUGCUUAUUUUAGCAGAAUGCAUAAUAUAAAGAGUUAAUUAUGUUCUUAAAUAUAACUUAAAAUGUUUUAUUAUUUUUUAUUUUCUAUGGACAAAAUAAAAGGUACUUUUGAAAUGUA